AUGGAAGGACCAAGAGUGCAAUUAUAUGGAAUCCUUUUGUCACAGCCAACAAGGACUCUAUAUGAAUUUUGUUCAUUGUGUAAUAUUCCAUUUGAUUUUGUAAGAGUUGAUUUACUUAAAGGAGAACACAAAACUGAGUGGUACUCUCAAAUAAACCCAGAUCAAUUGGUUCCUGCAAUCACUCAUGGAGAUUUCAAGCUUGCAGAGACUUUUGCAAUUAUCCCAUAUCUAGCUGAGUAUUAUCAUGUCGAUAAUCAGUGGUACCCUCAAGACCUCCAUAAAAGAUCCCACAUUAAUGCUUUUUUCCAUUGGCAGCAUAACACUAUAAGGAAAAGCAUUCGCACCUUAAUUUUAGAAAAAGUUAUUGGCCCCAAACUUAUUUCCGUAUCACAAUUUAAAGUAUUUUUUCUUAAUUUUAAAAUAAAUCUAUUUUAUUAUGCUAAGUUCUUAAAAGAAUCCUUUUCAAUGUUUGAAAUAAUAAAUUAAAUAAACUCCUCCUAUCUAUUUAUUUUUUCCACCUUAUUAUUUAAAUUCCAAUGAUAAAUUUAAAUUAAAACAAAAUUAUUAUAAACUUUUGUCUAAUUUUUUUUUAAUAAAUAGAAAAUUUUCUAUUGAUAUUAAACAUAAAUUAACUGCAUUUCAUUAAGCUGAGUUAGAGGAAUGCAGCCAAUAACAGCUGAAAGAGAAGCAGAAUUAAGAGCUGAUGCAAUAAAUAAAUUGCGAGAUGUAACUCAAAUGCUUGAAAAGUGGAACUUCAUUGCUCAAACUUCUGAUUUAAGCACAGCUGAUCUUGCAUGCUAUAAUGAAAUUGUUCAAUUGAAAUUUCUCAAUUUUGACUUCAAUGAGUGGCCAAGGAUCAAAUCAUGGGUAGAAGAGAUUGAGAGACUUCAAAUUGUUCAAGAAACAAAUGGAGAACUAUUAGCAGUUGUUGAAAAAUUUAACACUCCACAAGCUUAA